GCGCCGCCGCUCGCCGCGGAGGUCGGGCAGCAGGCAUCCCCGCCAGGACCACGGCCUGGGAAGGUCGAGGAGUCGCCGGAGGGCCGCCCGCGAGGAGAGCGGCCGCGGGAGUCGCGCGAGCAGCGCGGGAGGGAGCGCGAGGACCGAGCGCGAGCACGAGCGGGAGCUCGAGCGCUUCCGGGAGCGGCAGCGGCGGCGAGACCGCGAGACCAGCGAGACCGUGCUGGCCGAGGGGCUGCCCGAGGACCCCGCGGCAGGCGUCAGCGAGGAGCGGCUCGAGUCGGUGGCCUGGGAGCAGGCCGUGGCGGCGGGAUGCUCGAUGCCGAGCGGCGUGCAGUUUGCCUACGACCGCGCCACCCAGAAGUUCCGCGGCUUUGCGGUGCUGGUGUUCCCGCACAAGGACGCCGCACGGAUAUUCAAAGACCACUGCAAUUCCGUGCUCCAGGUUUUGCCAACCGAAAUGCUCGACAAGAAGGUGGAUACGCUGAAGAACAUAAACACCCAGACGGCCAAGUACGACAAGUUCUUCGCUCUGGAAAGGCACUCCCGCACGGCACGGCACGGCGCGACCUAA